AUGGAGUUCCCUCCUAUGAGCCUAUGGGCAUUAUGGUCAUUUCUCCUUCUCUCUUCCAUUCACCUUCCAUGUUUCUUCGGAUCUCCCUCUCACUUCUCCAACGAAACUGAUCUCCUUGCUCUGCUCCACUUGAAACACCUGAUAACCGACGAUCCUCUCCGUUCCUUGAGCUCUUGGAAUCAUACUCUCCACUUCUGUAACUGGCAAGGAGUUACAUGCGGUGGUCACCGCCAUCCUCAAAGGGUCACCGCCUUGAACCUCACUGGCCAUAACUUGGUGGGGCCCAUAUCUCCCUUUAUAGGGAAUCUCACCUUCCUCAGGAUAAUCAAUCUCUCAGCCAACAACUUCCACGACACGAUUCCUGAAGAGAUUGGCCGUUUGUUCCGCUUGCGGUAUCUUAAUCUGAAUAAUAACACAUUCAGCGGAGAGAUUCCAGCAAAUCUGACCCACUGUUCAGACCUCCAAGUCCUUCAUCUUUACCGAAAUCAGCUGGCUGGGAGGAUUCCGACUGAGCUUGGCUCUCUGACCAAGCUCACCAAAUUGACCCUCGGUCACAACAAUCUUACAGGAAGCAUCCCACCUUCACUUGGAAACCUUUCGUCUCUCACUUUCCUUUUUCUCUCAGAUAACAGUGUGGAGGGCAGAAUCCCAGGUGACCUCAGCCGGCUGGUAAGCUUAGAGCUUCUUGCAAUUGCUUCCAAUACACUGUCAGGUAGGAUUCCUCCCUCGCUGUACAAUCUGUCCUCCAUUAAGAUUUUGGACGUGGGAAGCAACAGAUUGCAUGGAAAUCUUCCACCUAACUUAGGCCUCACUCUUCCUAAUCUCCAAAGGCUUUUCGUAGGAUCAAACCAAUUCACAGGACCAAUACCAGUUUCAUUAUCCAAUGCUUCGGGACUUGUAAUUAUUAGCCUUUGUAACAAUAGUUUUAGUGGAUCUGUGCCUCCAAAUUUUGGAAGCCUCAAGGGUCUCUCCAAAUUACUUUUGUGGGGCAAUGAACUAGGAAUUGGGAAAGCAAGUGACUUGAGUUUUCUCAUUUCUUUAACCAAUUGCAGUAGUUUAGGAGGGCUGUAUCUAAGAGAAAAUAAUCUCAGUGGUGCGUUGCCUGACUCCAUGGCUAAUCUUUCGACCCAACUGACAUGGCUAACUUUGGGAAAAAACAGGAUAUUCGGAAGCAUCCCAUCUGGUAUUCAGAAUCUUAUCGGCUUAACAGUACUGGAUAUGGGGUAUAACUUUCUGACAGGUACAAUUCCCAUUGGUGUUGGGAAGCUUAACAACGUGAAGAAGCUUGCCUUGAGUGGAAAUGAAUUAUCUGGGCACAUUCCGUCUUCCUUGUGUAACAUCUCCCAAUUGUACCUACUUUCUUUAGAUGGAAACAAGCUAACUGGGAGGGUGCCUUCAAGUCUUGGAAAUUGUACAUACAUGCAGUUCAUAUACCUCGGUAACAAUAAUCUUAGUGGUAGCUUACCCAAACAACUUUUCAGCUUUCCCUCUUUAAUUGAACUCCAGCUCACAAACAACUCUUUUACCGGUAAUCUGCCAUUGGAAGUCGGUUACUUGAAAACUCUCUCAUUAUUGUUUGUUUCAAAUAACGAUUUAUCAGGCGAAAUUCCAAUCUCGCUAGGCAAUUGUUUAAGCCUUGAGUAUCUCUGGUUGGAUGGGAACUUCUUUCAAGGUCCAAUUCCAUCAACAUUUACUACUCUAAGAGGCCUUCAAUCCCUGGAUCUUUCACGCAACAACUUGUCUGGAAAGAUUCCACGGUACCUGGAGAACCUUUCUGCCUUGCAGUAUCUAAAUCUAUCUUUCAAUAAUUUCGAGGGUGAAUUACCAAAACAAGGGGUCUUUAGAAAUGCCAGUGAAGUUUCAGUACUCAGAAAUAGUAAGCUUUGUGGUGGUAUUCCACAAUUGCAAUUGCCUCCAUGCUCUGGCCAAUCUUCCAAGAAACAGGGGAUGUCUCGUGCUUCAAAAGUAAAAUUCUCCAUAAUUGGUGUUGUCCUGUCUCUUCUUUCAUUAUCUUGUUUCAGUACCAUUCUUUAUCGGGUCAGAAAGUCGAGAAAGAAGCCGUCUGCUUUUCCUUCUGCUGGGGAUCCUUUUAUCAAUGUGUCUUAUGAGGAGCUCUUUAAAGCAACAGAUGGGUUCUCUUCUGCUAAUUUGGUCGGCACUGGAAGUUUUGGUGAUGUAUAUAAAGGGUUUCUAGAUCGUGUUGGAACUAUGGUGGCAAUGAAGGUCUUCAACCUUCAACGACAGGGAGCUCUGAGGAGCUUUAUGGCCGAAUGCGAAGCUUUGAGAAACAUUAGGCAUCGGAAUCUUAUUAAGAUCUUAACUUGUUGCUCAAGCAUUGAUUUUAAAGGCAAUGAUUUUAAAGCUCUAGUUUAUGAGUACAUGUCAAAUGGAAGUCUAGAGAAGUGGCUGCACGGAGAUGGUCAUGAUCAGCUGAAGAGGAACUUGAAGUUUACUCAAAGGCUAAACAUAGCUAUAGAUGUGGCUUCUGCAUUGGAUUAUCUGCAUAAUCAUUGUCAAACAUCACUCGUACAUCGAGAUUUAAAACCGAGCAAUAUUCUUCUUGAUGAUGACAUGACUGCUCGUGUGGGUGAUUUCGGGCUAGCUAGGUUCUUAUCUGAAGUUGGGCACACUGGUUCGAUUGGAAUGAAGGGAUCUAUUGGGUACAUCCCUCCAGAGUAUGCAAUGGGCAGUAAAGCAUCUACACAAGGAGAUGUUUACAGCUAUGGAAUCCUUCUACUGGAGAUGAUCACCGGAAAGGGGCCAACUGAUGACAUGUUUAAGGACAAUCUAAGCCUUCAUCAUUUUGCUAAGUUGGCUUUGCCUGAACAAGUAAUGGAGAUUGUUGACCCACAACUGCUCAUAGAAGAAGCUGAAGUUACUCAGCACAAUGAAAAUCAUGUCAAUAGAAGAAAUAAAAUGCAUGGCUGCUUGAUUUCAAUGGUCAAAAUUGGUGUAUUGUGUUCUGUAGAAUCUCCAAGAGAACGGAUGCGGAUGACAGACAUUGUUGCAGAAAUGCAUGCAAUCAAGGACUUGUAUCUUGGGACUAGUAUUCACCGAGACAAACAAGUGAGGUCACAAAUAUUAGAUGAAGGUUCAUCUUACCUUAGUCAUUAUUAAGUUAUUAUUGAUAGUUAUGUUGAGAAAGAUUUCAAUUUUUAUUUUUAUUUUUUUGGUUUGAAUACUUUUCUAAACAACCUCUUGAUAUAUUUAGCCUUGCCAUAAGAGUGUGCUUGUAUUGAUAGUGAUUAUAUGAGAAGAUGUGCUUCUUUUUCUUUGUUUUAUCAGUGUGUCGGGGAAGGGAGAUUGUAUCAUGAUUUUAAUAA